CCUCACUUUCGUAUCAUCCUCCGUCCAUCAAACCCUCCGGGCCAAAAGCCCCUCCCCGCGGCGUUUCUUCCCCUCCUUCAUAUUCACAUCUGCCUUCACCUUCACCACGUUCACGUCCACCCCGCUGCCACUGCAGCAAAGACUCACAUUCCCGCCGCCUGCUUGAUUCAUGGGCUUGCCGCCGAGUCGUCGCUUUGCUUCCUAUCCAGCGCCGCCUUCGAUCCUUUCGCCAUCGCUGACAGCCGCCUCGCCCACAGCCGGCGCGACCCUCGCCUCCUCAGAGCCCACUCUCCGAUUCCCCAGGCCGCAGGGCAACAAGCAGCUUGCAAAUUGGAUAUCGAGCAGCAAUCCCAACAUCAUGGAUCUGGCUCCGCUCGCCGAGGACAACGGCCUGUCCGAGUCCACCUACGAGCUCAUCUCGAGCACCGACACCGACACCGAAGAGUCUCAAGACGACAACUACACCGGGUCCAUGAGCGAAUCCAUCGGCUCGCUCGACAUUCAUCGCCCAGACGAUGUCCAAAGCUUGGCGGGCACAGAAGACUCGUACGAGACCGAGUCUGCGGUUGAUGAGGCCGACAUGCCCAGCACAGCAGCGUCUGACCGUGAUGAUACCGAAGACGAAGAGGAUGACGAAGAGUCUGUCCACGAAGACAGUGUGCUGGCCGAGUCGCAUUUCACAAAUGAGACUGCCAAGCUUGAGCCCUUUCCGCCCUUUGAGCAUGAGGCUUACUCUCACUCAUCGCUUGAAUACACGCAGCAGAGCUUGGGGACUCCUUCUUUCCCGACUCCAGAGGCCAGUCGGGUGAUUGAGAGACCGGGCCCAGCUGAGCCCGAGAAGAAGAACGUGGCUUUGGUACCUAUUGGUGAGCCACAGUCUGACGAUUGGAUAUUCGGCGCAAAGAAGCCUGCUGUAUCUUUCACGGCCGAAGCGCACAACGAUAUCUUGAUACACAUCCCCAAGAGUAUUAAGAAGACGUGGUUAGCCAAGGACUGUCUAUCUGUAUCUGUCAAGAGAGGAGAUGACAUUGUCGAUACUACAAUGUCCAUGGUAGACGAGGGCCUCCGCCUGCAGUUUGCCAAGAAGGAGGUCCACGGUGUUGUCAGCCUCGUGCUCGAAGCCAAGUGCCGUCCCAAGAUUCACAAAGUGGUCAAGGUCCACUUUGGUAAGGGCUUGAUGGAAGAGGCCUUGGAACGCACCAAACACCUAGCCCAUGACCUGUCCGGACUCGUGCCUGCUGCUGCCCAGGAGGCAGAGCGAUGCAUUGAGAACGCCAAGCAGUCCAUCAACUCGGCAUGUCAAAACGUCUGCCAAACCGUCACUGAGACUGUAUCAAAGACAUUUGGCGCCACCUUUGCAGAUGCCAAGCAGAAUCUCGACAACCUCGUAUCGACAGCCAAGGCCCAGUUUGAAGAAGCCGCUGAGGAGUUUACCACUAGGAUUGAUGACUUUGCACAGCAAGCUCUCGAAAACCUGCCAUCCGUCGAAGAUGUACAAAAUCAGCUUCACCUCCAACUUAUCGACGCACAGCUCUCAGCUAGGCUCUGGUGGCUGCAGGUCUUUGGCAGCGCAGAGGAGCAUGACGAAUAUCUGCGCAAGGCAGCGGUUUUUUCGGCCGAGAAGCACGCAGCUGCUGAAGAGAUGAGGAACGCAAAAAGGGACGAUCCUAAGAAGCCGAUAGAAGCAGCUUCACGGCUCUGGUCCGAAUGGUCCAAGUUGAAGAACAAAUUCGCGUGUGGAGAUGUGAAUUCUUGCAAGAACGCGGCAUAAAGGGGUAUGGGAUAUAUCUUUUGUUUUUAUGCCAGUAUCUCUUCUUCUUCUUCUCUAUUUUAUCAUCUCCCUUCUUUCUUUUUUACUUUUUUUUUUCUUGUGAGUUAUGGAAUCCGCGAGGAUUUGGUUUGGUAUGUAUUUAAUGAAAACUCUUUUAUUUUGAAAUGAGGCAGGAAAUAGGUAUGGAUUGGAGGAAACAGGAAUGGGAUGGAGUUUAUAGGGCUUUUUCUUUUGUUUGUUGUUAUUUUAUUUGUUGUCUGUUUACUUGGCCAUUGCUACUUUACUCGAUUUGUGAAGGGAGAUGUUGGCUUUUACUAUUAUAUGUGCGAUGUGUAUGGCAAAUGCAAAUAUACAAGCUGCUUUAUUUGCCUGGGCGUUUGGUGCUUUUAAUGGUAAUGAGGGUGACUGUGGAUGUGUAUGGUUUGCAAAUAUAUAUACUGCUGUGUUUGGCUGGAUGUCUGUUGAGUGUUUCGUCUUGGUUUACAGUGAUUGUGUAACUCGUCAUUUGUGUAUCUCUUUGCUACUAAUGAGGGAUCCGGCUUUUUAUCUCUCAGACUUUGUCCGCGCAUACAUCAAUAAUACUGUAAUAUUGAGUAAUGACCAAACCACGCUGUCAACACCUACGUGCAGUAUUUGACUUGUUCAAGGGCCUCGUAAAACAGCUGCUGGCAGAUCCAAGUAGACGAGGCCAAAUUAUAGACAGUACCUGUAGAACGUCUUCAUGGUAAUAGAUAGCAGGUAGUCCUAAGAUAGCGUUAGCUCCUAUACAUCUUGUUCACGCCAUAUUGGGAUCACUUGAUCAAUCUGGUCCAUCUCCCGUGAUUUCCCACGUUACUCGCUGGAGAGCCAUUAAAUCACUCAGAGAAGCACGUGCUGCUCAGCUAUUCACGAAAAGAUUAUUUGUAUUUAAUUCUCUUCGUACUCAAUGCCGUAUAUUGCUGCAGAGAAUAGCUGUAGACUAAUAUGGAGUAGCAGCCUAGGCACCUAUGAGUUGCAUGCAAGUGCAUAAAAAGGGGCCCUACAGCUAUUAGCCGCCCAGAUCUUCAGAGCACGUCAAAUCCAAGUAUCCCACCGCAGAAAAUACGUGCAGCGCUACAAGAACCCAAUAGAAGCAAGAGAAAAAAAAUCAACAGGGCCCCCGCCACCCACUGGAGGGGCAGCGCCAAAAAAAGCAAACUCCCACUCCCACUUUCCAGCCCAAACACAGCCCCUCCUUUUGUCGCCAAACCAAAAC